CUAAGGGGUCGUUUGGUAGAGUGAGUUGGAUAAUAUAAUGCAUGCAUUAGUUAAUGUCUUUUUGUAGUGGGCCUGCUAGAUUUGAGUUUCACAUUUGAUAGGGAAUGGAAUGGUUGUUUGCUUGUAUGGACUUAGACAGUCUUUCUCUCGUGAGUUGGCUUUUGAAGGGGAGCCUUGACGUAACUAAUAAAGUUAUUGUCAUGUGACAAGGAGGUCAUGGGUUCCAACCGUGGAAACAAACUCUUUUGGAAUACAAGAUAAGAGUGGAUACAAUAGACCUUUGUGAUUCGACCUUUCUUGGACCCGCAUAUAGCGGGAGGUUAGCGCAUCGGACUGUCCUUUUAGCUGUACUUGUCCCAUUCAGAACAAAUAAUUGCUAGUAUUUUAAAAGAGGUGGGCUACCAAGUCCUAAAAUAUUGAAAUACAGUACCAACCAAAGUCAAAUAUAUCGACUGGGACAUUCCUUCAUUUGUUUUUGUUAUGUGUAGCAAUAUGGUCCUAUAUAUAUCUAAGCGUCCAAGUCCAAGCAAUAUCCCUAAUAAUUUAGAAGGAUAUACACACCAAUCAAAUCGAGCAUCUCCCUGUAUCAUCAGAAAGAGUAAUAUGGAACCUGUGGUAGCAAUGUCUGAAGGUGAAUGGAGCUCCUUAAGUGGAACAUGUUCUACUGAGGAGGCUAAUUUCAUGGCACAGCUAUUUGGUAGCUGCCCAAAUGAACUACCUAGUAGUUCUAACAUCGGACUUCCAAUUUUUUGGACAGGUCACGAAUCAAACAUAGGAGGAACUAGUGAAAUUUCAAUGUAUUCUUCAGACGACGCUAAUAGUAGCAUGUACCAUUUCCCAAGUAGUAGUAAUUUUCAACCAAUGUUGUUGAGAAAUAACACUUCAAUGACAAUGGAACAGAGUAGUUUGCCUCCAGCUAACAAUAUUAUCGAAGCGGAUGCAAUUGAAUUUUUGAACAAAGAAGCAAGUAAUGACAGCAUGGAAUCAGGUGAAAACAAUAUGCCUGAAUCUGUUCUUCAUGGACAAGGGUUGCAGCUAGGAAGAGAAUAUGAUCAAAUGCAAGUUCCUGAGCAAUCAGAAGGCUCUAAGAAAAGAUCCCGCUCGCCUGUUGACCAUAUACCGAAGAACAAGAGAAGCGUAAAGCCAAAGAAGAACAUGAAGAGCGUUAUUGAUGAUGAGAUUGGAAUGAAGGAAAACAAUAAUACGAAUCUGCUUCAUAGGCAGAGUUCCUUUAGUUGCUGCUCAGAAGAUGAAUCCAAUGUUUCCAGUUAUGAUUUAUAUGGACUGGCUUCGAGCGAUAACUCGAAAGGAGUUUCUGCACCAAAUGGAAAAUCCAGAGCCAACAGGGGUUCAGCAACCGAUCCUCAGAGUCUGUAUGCAAGGAAAAGAAGAGAGAGAAUUAACGAGAGAUUGAGGACCUUGCAGAGUCUCGUCCCUAACGGAACAAAGGUUGAUAUUAGCACCAUGCUUGAAGAGGCUGUCCAGUAUGUCAAAUUUUUGCAGCUUCAAAUCAAGCUGUUGAGCUCUGAUGAUCUAUGGAUGUAUGCUCCCAUUGCAUACAAUGGAAUGGACAUUGGACUUGACCUGAAGAUUGGCAUUCCAAAUCCAAAAUCGUAAAUCGAACCUUGAAUUCAGCUCGACGCAUGCAGAUUAUUGCAGUGGAUGAUCGAGAGCACGUACAAGAUGACAAAUUAUUUAUUGCCAUUUGUAUAAUUGUCUAGUUAAUUUAACACUUCAAAACUAAAGUACUUUGGCUGUCUUGUUAUCCCUUACCAACUAAUCAUUCUACUGAUCAUCAAACAAUCAAGUGUAAUAAGUUCCUCUCUGGCA